CGCGCACGACGCAUGCGUCGCUCCCCGCAGCUCCACUAUGUAGUGUUGUGCAAUAUGCCGGAGUGUCCAGACCCCUACCCGUUCACGGUGCCCAUCAUAAGCUACACCAUGGACUCGGACGACCAGGAGGCGGAGAGGCAGCAGCCGCGGACCAAGAAGAUGUCCCUGAUGCCUCCCGUCAAGAUCGAGGCGCCCGAGAGCGGGAGAAGGCUGUCCGAGCCAACAAGGUACUACAUUCCGCCGCAGUGCAACAACAGACUAUCACCACGGAGCGCGAGGAAGCGGGACUCCAGACGCCACUCGAAGGAGCGAGCGCCGACCCCCGAGAGAUUCGGCCCGAGGCCCUGUAAUUGCGAGGACUGCAGGGCCUCCAGCCCUCUGCCGCCCGGAUAUGGCCCGUCUACCCUCUCCCCGGGGUACGACCAGAUGCAGUACUCCCUGGCCGAGGUGCCCUGGACGGAGGACUUUACGGAGGCGUCCAGCGAUGACCUCAGCUCCGAGUGGGACUCCGAUGUCUCCGAGCCGCCGCCCACGCAAAAGCAAUCAGAAAGAUGGAGAAAGCUUCGGAACAUCGUGCAAUGGACUCCGUUCUUCCAGACGUAUAAGAAGCAGCGGUACCCCUGGGUCCAGUUGGCUGGUCAUCAAGGAAACUUCAAGUCAGGUCCAGAACAGGGCACGAUACUGAAGAAACUCAGUCCACAAGAGGAGAAAUGUUUUCAGUUGCUGAUGAAGGAUGUGCUAAGGCCGUUCGUACCUGAGUACAAGGGACAAGUCACUUGCGAUGACGGAGAAACUUAUUUACAAUUACAAGAUCUACUAAGUGACUUCGAUUGCCCCUGUGUGAUGGACUGCAAGAUUGGAGUAAGAACGUACUUAGAAGAAGAAUUAGCGAAAGCAAAAGAAAAGACUAAGUUAAGAAAAGACAUGUAUGAGAAAAUGAUCCAGAUAGACCCAAAAGCACCGACUGAAGAGGAGCACAGAAGUAAAGGUGUUACUAAGCCAAGGUACAUGAUAUGGAGGGAGACCAUUAGCUCCACAUCAACCCUGGGUUUCAGAAUAGACGGAGUUAAGAAGGCCGAUGGCAGUAGUUCCAAAGACUUCAAAACCACCAAAACGAAAGAGCAGCUCCUCAAAGCUUUUAAGGAAUUCACUAGCAACUUUUCUCAUGCAUUGCCAGUGUACCUGGAAAGAUUGAAGAGCAUCAAAGCGACGCUUGCGGAAUCACACUUCUUCAGAACACACGAACUCAUAGGAAGUUCUUUGCUUUUCGUCCACGAUAAGAAGAAAGCAUCAAUAUGGAUGAUCGACUUCGCCAAAACAAUUCCAGUACCAGACGGUAUUAAUAUCGAUCACAAAUCCGCAUGGAAGGUUGGCAAUCACGAGGAUGGCUACCUCAUUGGACUUAAUAAUUUAAUAUCAAUAUUCGAGACUUUAGUUAUAGACGAUAAUGGAAACAUAGAUCAAUGUUAUUCCAAUCUAAGUAUAGACAAAAAUGUGAGGCGAGAUAGCCUCGCGACUUGAUCCGCAUCAAUAGAUAGACGGGGUUGAAUCUCCAUAGUUUGUGAUAGAAUUGCAGUCGCAAUGUUUUCUGACUACACAAGAUGAUGUACAAAUGUAUAUAAAUCUGACUAUGUAAAUAUUGCUGUAAACCAUGUAGAUGAUUAGAUGUCGAAUACUCAUACUACAGUAGGUGAAAGCAAACUGAAUAUGACGCUUAAUUUUGGAUCUGUUGUGUGAAUUAACCUGAUUUGAACAAAAUACUAACAAGUGGUCGGAAGACCUGAAGUGUAUUAGAUCUAGUUGUGUGGAUAGGAUGAGUCUUGUAGGAUAUGGAUUUGUUUGUAGAUUUUGUGAAAAUUAAAGAAAUUACAUUUCUUUCGUUGUUACUUAAUUUUAGUUGUAAUUUAUUUACAAUGUGAGCUUAAUACACUGACAUUAAUCUAUUCAUGAAUAUAGAAUGACUGAAUCUUGACGUAAGCCACGAAAUGUAUGCAGAAGUUAAAUCCAGUUAUGUAUCAUGCCUAGGUACUUUAUAAAUAUUUAUUGUUGUUAAUGUAAGUACACUAUAUUAGUGUAAAUCUAGUUUAAUGUGUUUACCGGUAAGAGUUCAUGAAUCAGGCUUUUUGGAGGUACUAAUUAAAACAUAUCAC